CUGUCGUGAAAUGACGCAACCCUCAAACCUGCUGACCCUCCACUGCCAAACAGGCGUGGAAUUGCUAUUUCAUUACUUGAUAGAUUAAUUGUAUUCUUAUAUUUUGUAUAGUUUACCACACCUGAUCUGACCGUAGUAAGUCCGGACAAGCUUUGUCACAACUGAGGAACGCGGUAGCGGUAACAGCGGCCAGCGAGGAUGUUUAAAAAAUUUGAUGAGAAGGAGAACGUGUCGAACUGUAUCCAGCUGAAAACAUCAGUGAUCAAAGGCAUCAAAAAUCAGCUCCUGGAACAGUUUCCUGACAUUGAGUCAUGGCUCAAUCACAUAAUGCCAAAAAAGGACCCUGUCAAAAUAGUGAGAUGCCACGAACACAUUGAGAUCCUGACAGUAAAUGGAGAGCUGCUUUUCUUCAGACAAAGAGAAGGACCAUUCUACCCAACACUCAGACUGUUGCAUAAAUAUCCGUUCAUUCUCCCACACCAGCAAGUAGACAAAGGGGCCAUAAAAUUUGUCUUAAGUGGUGCCAACAUCAUGUGUCCCGGGCUGACGUCACCAGGCGCUAAACUCUACCCAGCGGGGGCGGACACAGUAGUUGCCAUAAUGGCGGAGGGAAAACAACAUGCACUUUGUGUUGGCGUUAUGAAGAUGUCUGCAGACAGCAUAGAGAAAGUCAACAAGGGAAUUGGAAUCGAGAACGUUCACUAUCUGAAUGACGGCCUGUGGCACAUGAAGACGUAUAAAUGAUGACAUCAGCACCUGCCAACACCCCCCCGUCCCCGUCCCCGCCUCCCCUGGACAGCGUGGACCUCGACAGUGACGCCAUGAGCUGCCCAUCACCUGUUUACACCUGAGGACUUAGCUGUAUAACCUGCUGAAGGCUUUGAAUCAAUCGCCAUUAUGCACAAAUAAAUAAAGAAAGAUCUUGCUUUAAA